UCCCCCUUUCAGAGUUCAGAUAUAAUUCAAAAUUUGAAAUUACACACAGAAAAAGUAAGAGAGAGAAAAUCGAAGCUUUCCAAAGUUCGUAACAAUGGCGAAUGCAAGAGUUGAUAUGAAGGGGUUCUACAAGCAGAAGAAGAAAGGUAAUACUGGAAUUUCAAAGCCUUCUCCUAAAGGUGGGAAGAAGAAGUCUCCUCCUUCCGCUUCAAUUGGUUCCAACACCGCUCAAUCUCCUGCUCUUGUCUGCCGCAAUGGCUCUCUUGAUCUCCAAGAUGAUUAUGAUCAAAACGAGGAAAUGUUGAGGCAAUUUGACAUGAACAUGGUGUAUGGACCGUGCAUUGGUUUGUCUAGGAUUGAUCGUUUGAAUCGUGCCAGGAAAUUGGGAUUGAAUCCUCCUGAGGAGAUUGAGAACCUUAUAACAUCAGACAAGGUUCGUCCUGAAUCUCUGUGGGAUGGUCGUGUUUAGGGUUUCUGAUACCGGUUAAGUGGUUGUUGUCGCCUCAAUCUAGAUUUUUAAUAGUUAAGUUCUAGAGGUAGAUGUUCUUGCUCUUUAAAUUGUGCAGUUUUGUGUCAGUUUGUUUAUCACUUCUCGGUGAUAUUUAGUGCCUGUUUGUAAGCUUGGAUGUUUAUGUAACUUUAAACAACUGAUUCGGAAAGUUUAAGUCAGUGUGGCUGACAUGUUUUCUGGUUCCA